AUGGCUACCGUUAAAGUAACCGAGCAGAAAGUUAUUCUGUGCGGGGAAUAUGGAGUCGGAAAGACAUCUAUAUUUAGACGUUUUUCAAACAAUACUUUUGUAGCAAGCAACGAUCGAAAAUCGACGCUGGGUCUCGACAAUAUUGACAAAGAAUACGUUGUUGAAGAUCGGCACAUACGGUUGCAAUUAUGGGAUACCGGUGGUAUGGAAAGGGUUGCAUCUGUAACAUCAAGUUACUACAAAUUUGCUGAAGCAGCUAUUUUAGUGUUUGCAUUAGACAACUCCACAUCUUUCCACCUUUUAUCUCAGCAUUUAUUGGAUAUUGUAACAUAUGCUGAAAAUGCAAAGAUAUUCCUUUGUGGCAACAAAAGUGAUCUAGAAAGUGUGGGACCACAAGUUACAGAUGCAGAAAUGGAACAAUUUUGUGAACAAUGCCACAACUUAAUAUCUGGUAUAUAUAAAACAUCAUGUAAAACUGGAGAAGGAAUACAUGAAAUGUUUGAGGACAUAGCUCAACAUUUGGUUGAAGCUAACAGAUCGCGCAUGGAACUGCAUGAAAUGGACAAGGACAGAUUUAAGAUUUCUUACAUGGAUGAAGCUGCUGAUCCAUCUUGCUUAUGUUAAGCAGUUAGCAAUAGAUGAUGCUUAUCAACAAUGUUUUUAUAACUUGAAAAAUUCAACACACAAUAAUACAGUAGGAGGAGUAAGGGUACCUUUUAUGUAUC